AUGGACAACAUACCAGAGAUACAAAUCCUCGACAAGGAGCGUUACUUUACACAACAUAUUGUCUCUUUACCCGAUUCUUUACCCUACCCUGGUUUGACACCAGGAUAUAUUCGCUUAAGAACCAAAGUCCUAGGUUUAAGUGCCAGCAACCUCAAUGUCGCCAAGGUAGCAUUCCUCUUCAACUGGUGGCAAGCAUACCCCCUACCAGACUCACUACCCGAGCCGCUUUCCGAGCCAAAGACGUAUGGCCGAACAGCUACAUGGGGCUAUGCCGAGGUUUUGGACUCAACUGUCUCAUUUGUAUCCAAGGGGAGCUACCUCUACGGAUACGUGCCUAUUGGGACGCUAGCAUUCGACGUGCGAGUCCAGCAGGGCGAAAUACCAAGUCAUGUCAUCGUUACGAGUGAUAAUAGGCAGCACAUGCCGUUCUACAACCGAUAUAUUGCUUACCCUGCGUCUCUGAAACACGAUAAAGUCGCUCAGAACAAGAGUGUUGCGUACGCCGUACUCAUCAGGAUCAUGUUCGAAACCGCACACCUACUAGGACACUUUGUCUUUGCACAAAACCCGGAGGAUACAUUAGCACCUGGGUUAGAUGCGCUCCAAUGGUCUGCCGAAAAAGCGAACCUGGACGACGCAGUAGUGAUUCAUCUUGCUCCAGGGUCGAAGGCAGCCCUGUGUUUAGCACAUAUACUCCAGGAGAAGACACUUGGAGGAAAGCCAAAGAGCAUUAUUGGAGCAUCGAGCGAGUUCUCAAAACAGUUUGUGUUAUCAACAGGCUUAUAUGACAGAGUUGUGUCAACAGAUGAUGACAUCUUGGAAGUUUUGUCACACGGCGAUGAACUUCACAAACUUGUGCUUAUUGACUUUGGAGGUCGCGAGGGCAUCGCUCACAAGUGGGCAGCUAAACUUGAGCCCAGUUGUCGGAACUUGGUGCUCCUUUCUGUGGGGGGUGAAAUAUCUCAAGUACAGUCGAGCGCGGUACUCGCAUCGGUGCAGGACACUCCAAAGGACUACCAUGUCCGAGCAAGUCUAAGUCACAUGAGAGACCGAGCUGUUGCAAUGAUCGGUGAAGAGAAGUACUUCACUGAUCUGGAGACCAAAUGGAAAGCGUUCAGAGAGAUAGGUAUACAAGGCUUGCGUAUAAACUGGGGCACAGGCAUGACAGAUGUCAAAGACAAAUGGGAGAGGUUGGCAAGCGGUCAAGUCAAGCCCAGCGAGGGUUUGGUGGUUUCAUUAUAA